UGUACAGUCUCACCUAACUUCACACGCUCCACGCACACGCUGCGCUCUGUGGAGCAGCAACAGGACAGACCGGAAGACCAUGUCUCCGAUCAAGGACCUGUUUCUGUCAUAUGAAGCCGUCAACGCGGAGAGAGUCUUCUCCGAGGGCGACAUCCUCACCGGGACGCUGUCCCUGACAUUGUCCAAAGACACUAGAGUGAAAGCGAUCUUUGUCAAAGUCAAGGGGGACGCGCGCGUCAAGUGGACAGAAGGAAGUGGAGAAGACUCGACCACGUACUCUGCGCACAUUCGAUAUUUCAAACUCAAAGAAUACUUAUUGGCAGAAAACGGCAAAGGCACUGCACUUUCCAAAGGAGUCCAUCUCUUCAAAUUUACCUUUCAAAUCCCAUAUGGGGACAUGCCGUCAUCCUUCAAGGGUAAACAUGGAAGUAUUGUCUACAUGCUUGAAGCCAAGGUGAAGAAGAGCUGGCGGUGGCCGUCCAAGGCACAAGCCGAGUUUAACCUUGUCUCAAACGUCUUGCGAUACUUUGGACUCACUGCAAUGUGUCCACAGGGUGGUUCAGUGAAAAAGACGAUGGGUGUUUUUUCUAAAAGAGUGGUCCAACUGCAUGCUGUCAUGAACAGAAAGGUUUGCUCCCCAGGUGACAGCUUUUCAGUGGUUGCCACAAUCCGCAACCCGUCUUCCAAAACCAUAAAGCCAAAAUGUGGCUUAUAUCAGGAAAUAGUGUACCGCGUCAAAGGCUCCAACAAAACCUGCGUUGAACGUCUGUGCAGAAUAGUCGGGGAUGCGAUCAUGCCAAACUCGGACGAGACAGUCAUCUGGCAGAUGAAUGUUCCCCCCAACGCAAUCUACACCAUGAGCAAUUGUGAUAUUAUCUCAGUCAUAUAUUACGUCAAGGCGUAUUUGGACAUCAGCUUUGCUUUCGACCCAGAGGUGGUGCUACCACUGGUUGUCAUUCCCGCCACCUUUGCCCAGCUUGAGCCAGGUGAAGCUGAGAGGGGCCCAAGUGACAGCGACUUCCCUCCCUCUGCUUAUUCUGCUGAAUAUAACAAGUGGUCAUAAUAAUCACUGGCCUCCAUACCAAAAAUACACUUCUGCUCAUUCUCCUGUACACGGGGCCCGAUGUAUGACUUAAAAUAUGUGAAAAUAUGUACAUUGGUGACUUGCAGCAUUUCAAACGGUUUGUUACACACACAACUGAGCCUAUUUCCCCUUGACUGGAACAACAUACAAAAUCAUCUGAAACUGAAUGAUCAGGUCUCACUGGGCACUUUGAAAGUGUUGCCUGAUUGCACUUUACUCUGAGUGUGUUGACAAUCUGCCAAUUUUAUAUUGUAUUCUCUAUGUUUUGUUAUGUUAUGUAUGUGUGUUUUAUUAUUUUUGUAUUGUGUUACCCUGACAUUUUCUAAAACCUAUAUGUACUACUACUGCCUGUCUUGGCCAGUGCACUGAGAAGAUAGGUUUUCAUUAGCAUCUAAUGCAUUUCCUCUGCAUAUCUGCAGUUUGCUGUACUUGAGUACAUUUCGGCAACCUGAGAGUGUCGCAACAGACCAAAACAUCUGCAAACAGCAAAAAUAAAAUUGCAUUUGUGAAUAAAGUGGCUGUAGUGACUAGUAAUGACGACAAGCGCAGAAAUAAAGUGAAAUGGACUGAUUAUUAAUCUCUCCCAUGUUCACAUGAAAACAAUAAUAUAUGUGGUAGUUAUUGAUCCUAGUCUCGUGUGUCGAUCAGAGUCAUGAUUUAAGGUUUGGGUGUGGACCCAGAAUCUGAGGAUUUUCAGAUUUCAAAGUGGGCCCCAGCACUCUUUCAAUUUAGGAAUGGAUGCAGUAGUGAAUACAGUUUGAGUGCAUCCAUGUCUCAUGAAUUUCAUCAAGGCCUUUCCACAUUCUUGGCUGAGCAUCAUGACAGAGAAAAACAUCACAUGACCUUGCAAGUCCUAAAAGCUGUCCCAUUCCUCACAGUAACGAGUGGGUAAUCCCAUUCAGCCUGGAACAAUGCUUUCACCCUCUAACAGAUUUAUGACCUUGAAGUCUAAUUGGUAGUCCAUGGAGUCGAUGCAUACUGGUAGUAAACACGUGUUUUUUGCCUGCUAUAGUGGUAAACAAGAGUGUGUUUGGGGAAAGCCCCAGUUUUCCUGUAAUGAAAGACAAUAGCUGGAUAUGCAAAGCAGCACACACACACUAUGCUCUCAUUACCAACCACUAAGUGUCUCUUAAGCAUUCUUUCCAUUAAUGUGACUCUGAUCCGAUUUUUUUUCCAGAGAAAUCAAUUCCAAUUUUUAAGUCCGAAAUAUGAUACUUCAAUAUUAUGAGGUCCUAGACAGAUAUACAUCGUCUUGUCUCGAGAACUUUGUAGUUAUGGAUGUGAACAGUCAACUCUGAUCUGUAUCGAACUUGAACUGAACAAUAUGGAUGCUAAUGUGAACGUAGCCACAUGGACCCAAGUGAUUGAGAUUUAUUUUGUCCCUAUUAAACGUCCGUGUUGACAGACCACUUGCAAUAUAAUGGCAGUUCAUAAAUGUACUU